UCUGUAUAAUGUAUACGGAGGUGAGGGAUGUGAUCGAUAUGAGAUAUUUCCUGUGGAAUAUAUCGUUAUAUGUUUUAUUUUUGAUAUUUGAUACCAUUUUGGCACUCUAGAUUCUCCACCGGGACAGGAAAAUAUUGCUUCGUCUGUUUGUAUGGUACAGAGUUUCUAUCGUAUAGCUGUGAGGCAUGCUAACAGAGAUGGGCGAUCUUCGUUAGGUCGUAUAAGUAAUAUGUGUGUACACGAAUGGACCCAUGUGUAAGAUCUCGGCAAAGUACGCCUGUGUUCCCAAAACAACACCAUUUCGUUCUAGAGUGUUGUUCCUAAGGCUGUUACAAACCACUGCUCCGUAUAGGUCUCUCACAGCAGAAUAACCACCUAUCUGCACACACCAUUUAAUUAUAUCGAGGACUUUCUACAAUGUAAUUUCGUUUUGUGUGGUUACGAUGCACACGAGUGCAGUUACUUCUUAAUUACUUGCACUUGCUCUCAUUCUCUCAAACAAAUGUAAGCAGAACUUUUCAGCGUUUGUCAGAAUCAUUCUGACUGCUGUUUUUAUAGUUUACACACUGAUGUACACACACUUGGAAGCAAUCUUCUGUCUAUAUCCUUAGUUACGUGUAUCUGACAAAUCUAUUUCGUUUACUCGUUAUUCUUUCUCAAAGUUCUGUUGUGACGUAAGCGAGCUUUGAUUGGAUUUACGACGACUCAGUGAAUAGAAGAAGUGUCUGUUUGUGAAGCCAUAUCAAUUGGGAGUGUUUAUUAGGAUUCAUAGGAGUUUAUCAUCACUCAUUACUGUCGAUGUGCCUCUAUUUACACUAUACACCGUGUACUCAAUUCAGUUUGACCUUCACGCCAAGCGGAAUCAUACACACACAGAAAAAUACGAAACGAAUCAGCUAGCAAGGACACGCGCGUGAGAGGCUAUCAGACAUGGAAUAGCAGAAAAGGACAGUCAAUAUAGCAGACGAGCGUUUCGGGCCCCGUAAACCCGUCCCCACGGGCUUUGUUGCUUUAUAUUCAAACGGACAUUUGUACCAUGUCCAAUUCGGAAGAGGAUGGAAGCAGUCGUUUCGACAAUAUAGAUCUAGACAGUAUUCUGGGUAGAGUGGAAAGACGGGGGCCCCUUACGUUUACGAAAAAAAGGUGUUUGUACAGAGCACCAGAAUUUGUAAAACGGUUGUGUGGUGAGGAGACAGUGGAUGAAGGGUCCACCGUAAGUUUCACCUGCAAAGUGGUUGCCUUUCCCAAACCCUCCCUCACCCUGUACAAGGACGGUGAACAGAUCAUCGACAAUUCUCGUAUAAAUAUAGAGCCGGGCGAGGCCGGAGAGUAUUCACUCGUUAUCCGGAAAGUCACGAAAAAAGACGAAGCUUCAUACCGGUGUAGGGCGGAAAACGACGAAGGUUCGUCCUCGAGUACAAUAUAUAUAGCGGUCAAAGCCAAAUCCCGCGGUUCUAAAAAGUCUUCUAAUCGCGCAGCCCACAAGCGCUCCAUGUUUCCACCAAUCACAGAGAAGGUUGCGGAGGAGGAAGCGGAAGCAGAGGAGACAAAACGCUCUCCGGAGUCCCCUCUCACGCACUUGUACUACGGACUAACAUGGAAAAAUCGCGAAUGGCCAGAGUUUCUGGGGAGCUGGGCGUUCGUAAAUGGCAUGAACUCAAAAGAUUUCGACGGGAUAAGUGAUAGUUUCGAUGAUUGUACAGAUGAAGAUGACGUGUUCCUUUCUGAUGAUUCCUUGAAUGAUGCGGAUAUCGAUUUCGAUACUGAAACGGAUAGUACAUCCCAACCUGAGAGUGAUGGUUACUAUGGAAAUGACCUCCGUUACAAUAAUGACCUCCCCGAAAGUUUAAAUGGGGGAAUCACAAUACCUAAUCUGGUGUUUGAAAAUAAAAAUCUUGUUCGAAGUAAGGGACAUGCUGAUCUGUCAUGCUUUACUUCAACGCGGCCUUUAACGUUUACCAAGGAUGAAAAUGCUAACAAGAAAAUACUUUCGAAGGACGAUACUCAUGUGUGUAAUAAUAUAUCUGCAUCAUCGCCUCCAGAAUCUACCAAUACAUCAAAAUCCGAACCGGAAACAAAUUCUUCAAAGGGAGGUGACUCUUGUGAUAGAACGCCAGAAACUGAAAUUACAUCCAAUGCUUUAGGAAUAGACUGGUCAGAAAUGUGUUUGUUGUUUUCAGGUUCUGCGUCAGUAGCUUUGUUUAUGGACGUUGCUCCACAUCUUUAUGUUUUCUCUAUAAUUAUUGGCCAGCUAUUUUACAUAUUCAUACGAUUUUUGUUAAAAAUGGAAUGAUUAUCUUCUUCGGAAUUGUAUAAACGAACUCUGCUAAAUAGACAUCAAUUUUGGUAUACUAUGCAAUACAGUGAGAUACAAUGUAGAUGACUUGUAGUAAAGUUCGAAAUCACACUAAACAAAUCAAACAUGUUUACAUUACUCUAUUAACUGUUUUACACCCUUUAACAAAACACAUACCAUAGUUUCAUUCAUUGUAAAAUUGGAUAUAUAUGUAGUUUAAAGGUGUAAGUAAGUUUGAGAAAAUCGCCUGUUUUCUGCCUGGUGUCAUACGUAGACAGUAGGAAAUUGAUAUUUCGUCGGUUUUGUUAAACAAAUGGAUGCUUAAGGACCAAGUUGAACUCCUUCGUUGCGAAAUAUAAUUUCCAAACAUUGAUAAUUUGUGCAUAUGUACCUACAGCAGAAUGCCGUAUAUCCGAACUGCCUAGGGAACACAUAUUGUUUCAAUGGUCCAAUGGAUAUAUCAUUGCUUCAGUAGCGCAGUAUGAAAACUUAUAAAGUUAUGGCGAGUCGGUAUGGUGCCCGAAACUAUCACGAUUUAUAUUUGUGUGAGAAUAAUAAAAUAGAUAAUGAUAAUUAAAAUCAUAGAACAUGUUAAACUUGAUCUAGUCGAAGCACUUUGAAUAUUCACAUGUUAAGCCGGCGCUUCUGAUCAGCCAAUUUGAUUUAGGACGGUGUUUCAUGUAUUCAAACUGUCGCCUAUUAUUAGUUUUUAUGCUCCUUUCGUGCGAAUCUGGGCGAAGUGACUGGUACAGCGUUCAACCCUACUUCGUUGUGUUCAAAUAUGGCGGUUUCAGUUCAUACAAAAUUAUAAGAAUGAUUAUUUUAUAGAGCUUUUUCAAAGUUCUGAAUAUUUUUAUUGUGCUUUAUGAAGAGGAAAGGGACACAACUGUUAUAGUCAUGAUAAUUACUAUAACUACCAGCAAGAUGAAAAGAAAUUGAAAGUUCGGAUAUGUGGCAUUGGGAUAUGUGGCAUUUGGAUAUGUGGCAUUCCGAUAUGUGGUAUUCCGAUAUGUGGCAUUCGGAUAUGUUCCAAUAUGAGAAUUUAAAAAAAAAACGGUUCGAUUUCCUGUUGAAAUCCCAAUGGAAAAGACUUGAUACUGCAAGAGUUACAAUCAAUUUCGCUCUCUCGCUCUCUGCACCAUUGGAACAUGUCAUAGCAAAAUUAAAGGUACAAUCGAAAUAUUUCAUGCGUUCCAGGAGAGGAAAACUUAACAAUCACAGGCUGAUACGCUGAUUUUGAGGAUUACAAAGGUGCGACACCCAACUCCAAAGCCAUCACAAUAAACAGUUAUACGACUUAGAGAUUCGUUUGGAGUAUCGGGGAUGACUGACAUUCGCAUUCAAUAUCGUUAAAAGAAAUUGAAUGACAAAUUGAUUUAAGCGCAUAUUAUGAACAGUAUCGUAAUCCUGUAGAACCAGGAGCGAUGUUUUCCUCAUUAAUCACACUAUCAAAACUGGAAUUAAGGCAAGAUGCGUCAGACCUUUGCCGUUCUUAUUGUUUUUGAAAGGCAUGAGGGAAGUUCGAACUUUGCAACGCAUUGGCAUAAAUGCAUUAGUUAUAAGUGUGGAGGGUAGUCGUAAUGAUAUCUUUUAAUUAUGUAAGUACUAAACAAUAACACUAUGUACACUGAAUAAGACAGGGAUAGAGGGCUGAUAUAUUGCAUUGAUAAGCGACCUGUUCUCUUAUGCAAUGGCAGAUACAAGUAUUACGAGUAUCUGCAGCAUUUUAAUAACAGUAUUAACAUAAUUUUACAAAGAUUUUGACCUGUCGCAGUAUGUUGUCUUUUCAGGGUGCUUAAAUUCUUGAAUCAUGAAUUAUAAAAUGUUUUGUUUUCGUUAGAUUCUUUUAUAUGGAAUUAAUGCUAUUCUCUUUAACUGACUAAGUUAUAUCUAAAUAUUAAAGGAAUAAUGCACGUGUAAAACAUAUCCAAUUAUGAUCACGACACCAAUUUAUAUUUUCUACAGAAACAUACAAAAAUCAAAAAUCAUAUUAAAGAAAUGAUCAAUUCCAUUUUUUGUGUUAAAGACUAAAGAAUGGUAUGCCUAUUGCUUCUGCUAGGAUUAUAGCGAACAAUUCUGUGUGUUUCGUCAUAUAUGUCUAAACGUUGAACAAUCAAUAAAAAAAAGUGUCGUUAAUUUACAUAUGACAUUUUUCUGUAGAAAUGUUUGAUGGAGAUGUGAAGCCUUAUCUGUUGAACUGAUUUUUUGUUUCUACUUGAUAACAAUGACAUGCCGUUUGAUUCAAAUUUCAUCCAUUUUGUUCUAACCGAUAACACGAAAAAUUAUCAUGAAUUCAGUCACGUGACAGUACGUGAACCGAGGUUAUUAAAUUAUUUUUUUCAAGUCUUGAAACAUUCGAUAAGGAUGUCAGACAAAAGAGCUAGAAAAAGAAAUAAUCCAAAGUAUGUCUCAUUCUAUGAUAUAUUUAUAGGUAGAUAUUUAUUAUAAAACUUGUAUAUACGUAAAUGUAUAUUGAUAGAGGAUUUGUUUUGUAUAUAUUAGUAAUAGUUACUGUAAUAUAUAAUCUAUUUAUGAAGUAUUGGUAAAAACAACAGAAAGUUAAAGUGUGAAAAGCAAUAAGAAAAAACUCAGGUAUAAGUGUUGAUGGUUGAUAAUUGGUAGUGAUGAAUUAAAUCGCAAUGAAAACACAA